UCGCACUUUCCACGACCUUUGAGAUUUCCGUGGUGGGCUCCACUUUGUAACGCCCAACGAGUCCAAGUAGCACCUUACCACGCCCACGACUCUCUGAAGAACCAAUUUCGCCUUCACUACCUCUCCACACUGCGCGCGGAAUUCGACUGCGCGUUGCCUAGAAACCGCAAUCAUGGCGCCCAAGAAGAAGGAACAGCAGAAAAUGUCCCUGGGAGACUUCCUUGUUGACCAAACGCUGGGAUCAUGGGCUGACGAGAUGGAGGAUGCGCCAAUGCCUGGAGCAGCUGGUGGUGCCCGCGCCGGCUAUGGAGGCGACAGGCCCUCGUACGCCUCGAGUGGUGGCUUUGGUGACCGCAGCACCAGCAGCUUUGCCGACCGUGGCUUCGCAGUACGCGAGCAACUCCCCCUCCCCUCGAAGCCGCCGUAUACCGCCCAUCUGGGCAACCUGUCCUUCGACGCCACCGACGGUGACGUAAACGACUUCUUCACCGGUUGCGACGUCACCAACGUGCGCAUUGUCGAGGACAAGCUAGACCGAAAGCCCAAGGGCUUCGGCUACGUCGAGUUUGGCACCGUCGAAGGGCUGAAAAAGGCUCUUGACCUGUCUGGCACGCAGUUCCAGGGCAGAAACGUCCGGGUCAGCGUUGCAGAACCACCCAAAGACCGCCCUGAGACCAGGGAAAUCACAGAUUGGACACGAAAGGGACCCCUUCCAGAUCUUCCCGGCCAGCGCCGCACAUCCGACCGAGGCGGCUUCGGGUCUAACCGUGAACGUGGCUUUGAUGCAGGAUCUGAUGCGGGUAGUGAGCGCGGCGGUGAACGCCGCCGCCCUCCUCCUUUUGCAGGUGAUGGCAAGGAGCGCGACUUCGGAAACUGGGAGCGAAAGGGACCGCUUUCUCCAUCUGCUGCUUCAGCCGGGCCUCCACGGGAGGGCGGCAGGCCGCGAACCUUUGAAGGAGCACCCCGCGAGGGGCGUCGUCAGUCUCCAGCUUGGGGUGAGGGUCAAGGAGGCGAGGGCUCUCGUGGACCGCGCCGCGAGUUCCAGCCUAGCGAAAGGCCGCAACAAGAUAGGCAACCGACUGCUCCUGAGCUCGACAACCAGUGGCGCACCAAGAUGCGCCCUGAUGCGCCUGCUCAGUCUCCCACAGCCACACCUGACGCCAGUGUUCCCUCUUCUCCAGCACCUCAACCCGCUGCACCUGCCGGUCGUCCCCGACUGAACUUGGCCAAGCGAACUGUCUCUGAGGCUCAACCUGCGCCAGAGACACACUCAGACAAGCCAAAUCCAUUCGGCGCCGCUCGUCCCAUUGAUACCGCUGGGCGCGAGAAGGAAAUCGAAGAGAAGAGGCAGCUCGCGAUACGCCAGAAGAAGGAGGCGGAUGACAAGGCUCGCGAGGAGAGGAAGGCAAAGGAAGCUGCGGAGAAAGCAGCAUCAAAGGACUCGGCUCCUGCGACCCCGACCGAAAAGAAGAAAGAGGAAGGUGGAGAAGAGAAGCCACGCGCCAAUUUCGAGAUUCUCCAGCGAGUUGAAGAGGGCGGUGAUUCCGCGGGCCAAGAUGAGGACGCUGACGGCGAGAUUGUCGAUGACAAGGGUGUGAAGCCACAGGAAGCUGUGCGCGACCCACCAAAGGCCGAAGCUUCGUGGAGGCGGAAGUCUAGCACUCCCGCUGCGCCAGCCGAGACUACCACUGAGGCUGUCGAGGACGACGGUUGGAGUACCGUUACCAAGCCCGUGAAGAGCGCGAAGAACAACCGUCGCGGAGGAGGCGCUCCAGCUCGUGCUAUUGCGUCUUAGGUGGACGUAUCUAAUGGCUGAAACUGGCCCUUCCUGCCCUUUUACUCCCGUUUUUGUAUUUGGGAUGAUCGCAGCGUCGCGCAUAUUUUACGGCGUGGUGGUGUCCCUCUCAUUCUAGGGCUUUACUGUCUGUUCAGUUCAUGGACAGCUGUGUUUUGUUUGGGGUUUCUUUCAACAUCAUUGCAUUCAACACGACUGACGGCGGCACCUCUACGAC